CCCCCCCCAAAAAAAUCUCAGUACAGUUUGAAGAGGUCACGUGAUAUCACCACACCACCUCGCGCACCCCCUUCGUGGCGGGGUGCAAAUCGGCCUCUCCUAUACUUCCUACUCAGCAACGAAGACGCAGCACCACUGAUUACCGGUUUAAAAUAUACCAGUACCCAUCUUGUAUCCGGUGUCGGAAGGCGUGACUAGGUGGAGAAGUAGAAGAAGACAGACAGGAUGGCGACGAAGGAAACGAAUGGUGGGGUGAUGGAUGUAGUCCUCGAGUUCACUGGCGGUCUCGAAUCCCUCACCUCUUCAAAACGCACACACAAAGUCUCUAUCCCCUCCUCUCUCGAGGGGCGACCAACAGACGUAGCAGGCUUAGUAAGGUGGGUGGCGAGAGAGAUAAUGGGUGGUGAUAGGGGUGAGAUGUUCAUCCAAGGAGAAGGAGUACGUCCCGGGAUCCUCGUCCUAAUAAACGACGCCGAUUGGGAGCUUGAUGGGGGGGAGUCAUACCUCGUCCAGCCGGGGGAUAACUUCCUCUUCGUGAGUACUCUGCACGGCGGGUGAAGCCGACUCACAACUUGCUAGCGGGGGUUGGAUCGAUGGCGAGAGGUUUAGUUGCGCGGAUGCAUCCAUGCGUGGGUAUGGG